AUGGAUUCGCUGCCUUCCCAUCUGGCGUUCAUCUACUUCCUCACCCUCAUCUUCUUCUUGGCAUGGCUGGUCAAGAACGUGUUCAUCGCCGUCAUCACCGAGACGUUCGCCGAGAUCCGCGUGCAGUUCAGUGAAAUGUGGCAGAAGAAGGAGGUGACGGUGGAUGACGGCUUCAAGCAGAAGCUCGAAAAAACCGAAGACGGCCUUCGACUAAUCCGCAUGGACGACGAGCUGGCGUUGGAGGGACGCAAGCAAAAACUUCAAGCGUUCCUGCGCUCGAUGGCCUUCCAAGGGUUGGUCAUCUUCUUCGUGCUCAUCAACGCCGUCAUCAACGCGUCGUUUGUCCACAAACACGACGAGUCGGACAGGGUCAGGAGGAGAUAUUACUGGUAUAUUGAGAUCGGCUUCACGAUCCUGUUCAACAUCGAGUGCCUGUCGAAAAUCUUGUGCUUCAGCUGGGGCCCUUUUAUCAAGAGGGGCAUCUUCAAGUUCGAGUUGAUCCUGUGCAUCGGCAGUUCCCUCAACCUGAUCCCGUACUUCUAUGAUCGGAACUACUUCACCUACUUUCAAGCCUUCCGCCUGCUUCGCCUCAUCAAAGCCUCGCCGAUAUUGGAGGAUUUUGUGUGGAAGAUCUUCAGCCCCGGCAAGAAGCUCGGCGGAUUGGUCAUUUUCACCAUCACUUUUGUUAUCAUCGCCUCGGCCAUCUCGUUGCAGUUGUUCAACUCGGUGCCCCACCUUGACCACUUUCACACGUUCCCCAAGGCGUUCAUGUCGAUGUUCCAGAUUAUAACACAGGAGGGAUGGACGGAUUUUGUGGUCGAGGUUCUCCGUGCCACCCCUGACGGCGUCGUCCCCUUCGUGGCCAUCUACUUUGUCGCCUAUCACCUGUUCGUGACCCUGAUUGUGCUCUCCCUGUUCGUCGCCGUCAUCCUCGACAACCUCGAGAUGGACGAGGAGCUGAAGAGGGUCAAGCAGUUGAAGGCCAGAGAAGCGACUACCGAGAUGCGCUCAACAUUACCAUGGCGAUUACGGGUAUUUGAGAAAUUCCCGACGAGACCCCAGAUGGUCCGGAUGAAGAAAGUCGACUCUGAGUUUCCGAUGCCGAAGGUGCGGGAUAGCUUCACGCAUCAGUUCUCGAUCGAGCACGCUGAGCCGGAGAGCCCGGAUAUGGAAGUCGACAUGACCAAGUGUGUCUUUCGCCUAGCCGCCUCGCGCCGAAAAAACUACCGUACCCAGCCCCACGUGCGCCAUAUCGGCAGCAAUAGCAUGAAGGCCUCCAUCGCCAACCUCCUCGAGUGGGUUCUACAAAUGAUCUGCUACCGUAACCCACAAUAUUUUGUCGUCAUU